CAUGCGUGAAUUCAAUUUCCUGUUUAAAAAUGUGACUGGCAAAAUGUUUGAACGUACCUGUAAUUUUUCUCGAAAUCGUCGGAGCUCGCUUUAUCUAAGUAGUGUAUCAAUUGCGUAUGGUAAGGAUCCUUUCCUAGACCUGUAUCCCCCCCCUCUUUAGGCGCAAUGCCCCCUUUAAUGACUUGAACCAUGGAGAAAUGCUUGAACUCAUGCAGUCACAAACUUGAGCUUUUAUAAGUCUACCUCCUCGGCGGAUUAUGCUAAGUGCGUCACGGCUGACCCCGUCGUCACCACCUUGCGAUCUUCGUUGCAAACUGUCUUGGGAAACGUACGGGGACUCCCCGUAAAAAUGUCACUAAUGUUGUCAUAAUAUAGAGACAGUGUUUGAGCUCGUGCUGAUGAGGGGUAACAUGUUGUACUCAUCAAGUGAUCUUGUUGUAAACAUUGGGAUUCCCAGUCGAUAAUAAAAUGCGUUAUAAAAACCGUCUGUGUCUCCUCCCGUUCGGCUGAUUCUAUCUUCGAAUAACAUGGAGUUGUUCCAGUGCAGAUCGUUGGCGAUUUCCUUGUGCGCUUUCCCUUUCCUCCUGUUGGGAUUGUCUGGUGUUGAAAUCGAGAUUGUUGUAGUGAACGGUAUAGAUGCAGGAUACGGUAACGUGGAAGUUGAGAGAGGCGACAAUGUCACGAUGAGAUGCCAGGUCAGUGGUUUGAUGCACGGAGACACCUUCACCUGGCAGUAUGACUUGCAAGAUUUAACAACGCGUGGUCGGAUUGCUGUUACACAAGAACUGUUAAGCACAAGUGAUUCGUCCUGGGAUGGUGCUCUCGUCUUGACCGUUUCAAACGUUCGUGAUGGAGACAGUGGGACAUACGUGUGCUCAGUACGGCGACCAGGUGUGGAAACCCCUGAAAUCACUGCUAAACAAGCAUUUCUCACAGUUUAUUUCUUUCCAGGAGAUGGGAAUCCAACGUGCGAGCCAGGUGGACCAGUGACUAUUUAUUUCGGCGAAGGAACCACACUGGCUUGCUGGACAGACGAAGGAAAUCCUACCGUAGACCUAGUCAUCUCUUCUUCAGACCUUGAUCCAACCAUGAUCUGGUCGAAAACUGAUACUGAUGAUAACAUCACAAAACGUGCAUACUGGACUGCUGACGCUUUUCGAGGAGAGUUUGCUUUCAGUUGUGAAAUCGCCAGCUCGAGGUAUCCGGGCGAACGAAGAAAUUGUACAAUCGGUCCCAUCCGCGUUGAAGAGAGACCACUGCCGACUACACCCCAAACGUAUUUCUCACAAUCCGUCUCAGAAUCUGCCACUCCAGCCUUGGAGUCUUCAACCACUUUUCCUUCGUUAAGCCAUACCAAUGACAGUGUAGCCAACUCAUCGGAGGUAAGUCUGACUAUAGGUUCUGCCUCAACCGAUAACUCUGUUACAUUUACUAGAUCUAAUAGUCCUGCAGUGACAGUAUCAGACCCAUCUGCUAAAGACAUGUUUACUUUUGGGGGUACACAAAGUGACGAUACCUCAAAUGAGCGGAAUCUACCGCAAACAACCAGCCGGUCUGACUUGAACACAAUUAGAGGAGUGUCCGAUGGCGACCCCUUUACCACAUCGGCAAGUGGUGGCUAUUCCAAAUCCGAAGGUACGAUGACCGUAUCUCCUGUCUUCAUGUUUAAUCUGACUACCCUAAUGUCAAACCUCAAGUCCACCUCAGUUUUGAAUACACCCAUCACACCUCCCUCCAAUACUGAAACUAUCCCAGCUGAAACUUUCCUGACUGCACGGCAAACGGUUCAUACCACAACAACAAUGUUAUCCACUAAAUCUUCUCCUAUUCAGACACAUAGAGCAUCCUCGUCACCAACUGAAAAAGUCCCAAAUGAACAGAGGACCGCGGAGACUUCGCAAAUCGUGCUCCAGUCUGCGACUGGUGCCAUCUGGACUGAAGAGGGGGCUGAGCAGGUCACAGCCACUUUGUCUCCCUCUACAUCAGAAGUUGUCCCGACUGAAGCAAGGAUUGUAAAGACUACAAUGAGAGUACCCCCGUCAACAACUGAAUUUGUUCCUUCCGAACAGGGGACUGUUGGGACUUCCCCAGGCGUAACCCAAUUCAAGACUGAAUCUACCCCGACGGGAGAAAGGACGGAGCAGAUAACCGCAACUCUGCUUUCCCCUGAGUCAGAAUCUGUCCCAAUGGAUGCACUGAAUGUGACGACUAUAUCAGGAUCAACCCUGUCCUCGACUGAAAUUGUCCCAACCGAACAAAGUACCGUGAAAACCACGCAGAUCGAACUCCCUCUUGUGACGGAAACUAUCCCGAUAGAACCAAGAACUGAACAGAUCACAACAACUCCGCUUUCCUCCACGACAGAACCUACCCAGACUGAAACACACAUUUUACAGACUACGCCAAGGGCAUCCCCAUGUACAAUUGACGUUGUCCCCACCGAACAGAGGACGGUGAAGAUUACUUCAACCGUACUUCCUUCUGGGACCACGACUGAAAGUGUCCCAACUGAACUGAGGACUGUCAGAAUUUGGCCAGUCGUACCCACUUCUGAAACUGAAACUAUACGGAUUGAACCGAGGACUGAGCAGAUCACAGCAACUCUAAGUUCCUCUACGUACGAGCCUCCUCCAACUGAAACGAUGACUUUAAAGACUACAUUAAGACCAUCCUCUUCAACCACUGAAAUAAUCACAAUCAAACAGAGAACCGCAAAGUCUACGCAAAUCCUGCUCCCUUCAGUAACUGACGCUCUGUCGACUGAAGACAGGACUGAGCAGAUGACAGGAACUCUGCUGUCCUCUACAUUAGAACUUAUCCCGACUAAAAGAACUACUGUAGAGACCCCUUCAAGAGCACGCCAGUCAACAAAUCAAAUCGUUCCGACUGAACAGAGGAUAACAGAGACUACGCCAAUCGUGCUCCCUUCUGAGACUGAAGGUAUCUCGACUGGACUUAGCACUGGUAAGUCGACGUUACCAGUGGUGCCCACCACCGCUGGUAUGACGUCAACUGAAGCGAUAACAGUGAAGACCACACAAAUCACAGUCCCAUCCACAGGUCAAACUUCGACUGAACAUGGAGUUAGUACCUUUGGGAACAUGCCAACUGUUCACUUCCACACAACUGAAACUAUGAUCCCAACUGAAUCAAAGACUCCUGUCACCGCACCCAGCACACCUGCCUCCUCCACAUCUCAGUCAGUCCCAACUGAAUCGUGGAAUGUGAAGAGUUCAGAAAAGGCUAUCUUGACCACUGUCCCGACUGAGCGGAGGACAGAGUUAACCACGUCGUCUCCUCUCCCAGGCGUUUCCACUAGUGAUACCUAUGAGCCCACAGAGUUAACCCCCACCAAGCCAUCGGAAGAGAGCAAACAACCCUCGCCGAACUGGGCUAUUGCCUUUGCCGUUACUGUUCCCCCUUCCAUUCUUUGUCUGGUCAUCGUCGUCAUAUUGUUCUUCAAGAUUAGGCACAUGAAAAGGUUUGAGUGGACCGCGGCGACGGACGCGUUGAUGAGCAGGGAUCAACAAGAAAGGCAAAGUGAAAGGAUGAAUGGCACUGUUAAUUGUGCUUCGAAUGAGUUUAUUCAGUUAGAUAAAGUUUAAGCGACUGUAGUUGCUUAAAGGGGAAGGUGAUUCCUUCGUGUUGGAACAACUCUGGAAAUAAGCUAUCAGUUACUGACUUGAGCUAGGGUGAUUCUGGGGAGGGAACUGAUAUUACACUGCACAUAAUAUUGCUAUUUGUGUUUUCCUGCUUGAACUUACAUUAAUGGCAAAUUGUUGAGGACAAGAUUUUGGUUGUUUUACCUAACUUUCAUAUAUACACCUGUUACCAUGAUAUGCACACACAUUGUAUGGAUUUUAAAAGAUUUCAAAAUAAUGUGGCACAGAAAAAUAGCAAAUAUUGUGUGUUUUUGAAUGGUUUUAAAAUCUGGAGGCGAGGGUACCAGGGCUGUCCUGUUAAUACACUGUACAUGCCUAAUUUAUUGUGUAUAGCCACACUUUGCCUUGUAGUCAGAAUAUAUUUCUCAUCGUGCUUUUAUCGAGAGUAUUUUGUUCAAUCAUAAUUGGUCUUUAAACCUAAUCAAACAUUUCACAGCUUCGGCGUUUCUUUAGAGCUCGUCUUCAAGAUAAUACACAGAAAGAUUGUUUUUCUAAAAUAUGUACGUGAUUGCUCAAUUCAAGUUGUUUAUUUGAGCUUAUACAGUUGUGGUGAUCUGUGGAUUUUUGAGAAAAAAAAUUCAGUCAUAUUUACACAAAUGAAAUAGAGAUGUUUCUGCUUCAGUAGCCACGGGAAAAGCAAAUCUGACGUUUAUUUUUGUAAUUGCAACACUAUUCAUGCAGCUUUAAAAUGAAAAACAAGUGAGAAAGCAGAUUUACCUGUUAUUUGUGCUAGCGAUGAUCGAGGCCCUUCGUACUUACAACUCUUUGUAAUAUACGUUCGCUGAUACAUUUCAUGAACUGACUUUAAAAACACAAACAAAAGAACAUUUGCAUGCUUGGGUUAUAGAUUUCCAUUUUGCUAUAACGAAAUGAAAUUUAUAGUCUGACAUGUUUUUGUCUAUCAUGACUAAGGUUAAAUAAAUGAAAAAUGAAUAUUGAAUGGAUGCUGUUGAGCAUGAACUUUUGAAACAAACUUUGUAAAAAAUGAAAAAUAUUAUUUUACAAAACAAUUACCACAAUUGCAAGUUUGCUUUUGCUCUAUUCUACACAUUAAUUUAAGAAAAGCAAAUCCAUCAAUGUCGUUUGUUUUACAUUUUGUUUGACUUGGGUGUCAGAACUGAAGGUUUUGCAUAUGAUGCCUGUCAAAGUGUAAUACAAUACAUUUUUGUCUUGUCAACCCAAAUAUUCCCAUUUGCCAUUUUAAAUAACUCUUGUCAAAAUGUACGUUAUUUUGUAAAGAGCGUAACACUGACUUAGCUUGUGAGCUAAUUGUGAUUGGUGUAUUCUGGUCUUGGUAAUGUGUCGAGCACCUGUUACCAGCUGGUGUAGCUCUGUCAUGGCAAGGGUACUGUCUCAGAGUUCCUUGGGUCAUCCCUUGAACAGGUUGCCAUGGCACCGUCUUCACCUAACCUCGUUUCCAGGACGCUAAAGGUACAAAAGCAGCCAGUUGACAUUAUUUUGCGGAUUGGUCUGGAAAAUUUGUAUACUGUUCAUCUUCCCAUUCAGUGGUGAUGUGUUCGGGAAAACAUGCAAGCUUUCAGGUCGUAUAAGUGUGUAACUGACAUUGUUUUGGCGGAGGCCGUUUGUCCAUUAUAAAAAAACCCAGUGAGAUAUGUUAAAAGUAAUGUCAAAUCUAACCUUUUAGCAUAGUGUAUAGAUCGAAUCUGAUGUUGAGCACUUUGCAGCUCAAAUGUAAAUGGCUUAUGGGCAGAAAGCCUAUACAUGGUUCAAAACGCUAGCUUUCCCGUUCUAGUACAAUGAUCCUUUUGGGUGUGUUAACAUGUUGGACUUGUUCGAUGAACAUUCAGUAUGCACAGUGUACUCAGAGGUCGCGGCAUGGUUCCUAGUUGCAGUCAGUAAGAAUAUAUAAAAAAUACAGACAAUCUGUAAUAAGACGGUUGUAUCUCCUUGUCAUUUGAGGCAGUUUAAAUACGUCCAUAACCAUUUUUGUUUUGUUUUUUUUGUUUGUUUAUGUGGCAGAGUAUCUGCCAUUUCUGAUCUUUUCCCCUAAAUACCGCCAGUCAAUGUCUGAGAGCGUGCGAAGUGCCCUUUUGCGUAACCCUCACCUGACCUUGGGGUUGUGUUGCCAUGGUAUGUUGCUAUGAUGAUGGCAUAACAAACUACACCUCAAAGUGUCUGAGCUACCACUUUAGUUCUUGUCAUGAUAAUAAAAACAAGAUGAAUGUUAA